GCUACUAACCCUGCCUGGGCUCAGCCUGAAGGAAGGUUCUGAGCCCCCUGGACUAUUGUGUGCUGCCCCGCCCUGAUUGAGGGCCGGGCCUGAACUCCUGACUUUACUGCUCAGCCUGAAGGAAGGUUCUGAGCGCCCUGGACUAUUGGGGGUUGCCCUCCCCUGAAUAAGGGCCUGGGACGUCCUGAGUUUGUCAGGGCGCAGCUCCGGAUCCACGGAGCUGAGCGCCCGAACUAUUGUUUAUUGCCCCGCCCUGAGCUAGCGCGGGGGCUUGACUGACUUUGUAAUCCCCAGCUCCGGCAGUGAGGACCGGAGCCCGGGCCUGAGUUACUGCCGGACCCUGACGGAGAGCAGGAGCUCAUUGCAGAGGCCGUGUACCUUUGGCCUAGUCCCUGCCAGAGGGGCGGAACCCUGAGACCGAUCCAGGCCGUGUAGUGAGGCGGCCUGGCCCCCGACGGCCCCUGAGAGGGCCCGACCCCCGCACCGGACGUUUACACGUGGCGCCCAACGUGGGGCCUCCUGCCUAGCAUGUGGGCACGAGCCCUAGACACCGGUGAGAAGGGGGCAAUGGGGGAGAGACCUCCCGCAAGGGAGGGGGAUUUACCCCAGCUCCUGACCCGCAUGACCGAGAGUCAGGAGCAACAACAGGCGGCCCCGGUGCGAUACCAGCAGGAGUACCAGGCCGCCCACCUGCAGCAGCAGCAGCAACUCAUAGAGCAGCUGGGGGCCCAACAACGGCAGCUGAUCGCGGACCUGGUUACCCAACAGCAGGAUUUCCAGCAGAAGUGUAUCCAGCAGCUUGCCGCGGCCCUAGUCCGCCCGGGGGAACCCCUGUCCGGGGUCGCCCCAGGGGCCCCGCGACCCAGCCCCCCAGUACGGUUGACGAAGAUGGGACCCGAGGAUGACCCCGAGGCUUUCCUCGUGACCUUUGAGAGGGUGGCUAUUGUGGCCGGCUGGGUCCCGGAGCAGUGGGCCACCAUCCUGGCCCCCUACCUAACGGGGACUGCCCAGACGGUCUACCGAGGCCUGUCGGUAGAGGCGGCCAGGGACUACAACCUAGUGAAGGCCGCUAUUCUGGACGCCCUGGACGUAAGCCCCGAGACCUACCGACGACGGUUCAGGGGCCUGGCCUACUCCCCGGGGGCCCGCCCGCGGAUGGUGGCUCAGGAGCUACGAGAGACCUGUCGAAAGUGGCUACAACCUGAGCGCCGGACAGCGGAGGAACUGAUGGAGCAGGUGGUUCUGGAGCAAUUUACGCAGGUACUCCCGCCAAGGGGAAGAUCCUGGGUCCUCCGCCACCGGCCGACGACGGUCUCUGCGGCCGUCACGUUAAUGGAAGACUUCCUUGCGGCGGAGGUCCCGGCGGGGGCCGCUGGUCGGGCGGUCCCGGUUCGCACGGAGCACCCCAACCCAGAAAAGAGGGGGCCGCCCUCCCGGGCAGCCCCGAGUGCUCCCGCCCGUAGCAUGGAGGGCCGGGCUCGGGUGGCCGCACCCUCCGGGAGGCUCACACGGACCCCGGCAGGCCCCGCCGGGGGAUACCGUCGGACCCCCCCCGUGGAUGACCCCGGGGCUCGGCCGCAGCUAGAGCGAGCCACGGUGGGACCCUGCUUCUCCUGCGGAAGGUAUGGCCAUUUGCAGCGGGAGUGCCCGGAACGGGGGUGUGCAUUUGGCCAAGUCUAUUCAGGAGAAGGCCGUGCCCGACGUCCACAGGGGACCAAGAUCACCGUGCCCGUGGCUGUUGACGGCCGCCAAGCGAUGGCCCUCCUCGACUCAGGCUGUGGCCAAACGCUGGUCUGCCAGGCCCUCGGCCCACCAGCGGACAACCACCUGGCGAAGAUUCCCCUGCAGUGUAUACACGGGGAUGUGCGACGCUACCCCAGCACGCGGGCCCAACUAACCAUCGAUGGGGUCACCCGGCAGAUGACGGUGGGGCUGGCGCCCCGGUUGGCAUACCCGGUGAUCCUGGGGCGGGACUGGCCCACCUUUAACGCCGUUUUACGCCGCCGGCUCGAGGGUAACCCGCAGGCCACGCCAGCGUUGGGAGGGGAGUCCCCGGGGACUGAGGACGACGAGAUAGACAACCCCGUCCCCGCCAAUCCCCCGGGGGGGCGAGAAGACCCUCCUCGGGGGGGGGACUCCUCGGCGCCCACAGAUUUCUGCCGGGACCAACGGGCCGACCCCACCCUCAGACGGGCCUACGAACAGCUGGCCUCCGUAGACGGGACUAUUCUUGACCCCCAGCGUGCGGCGCAGUGGCCGCAUUUUGAGUUACGACAAGAACGCCUGGCACCUCGGGCAUGA